UUCCUCGAGCAAUAAGAAUACACUUAUGCGUUCCAGUGCUUCUAACGGUGGUAGCGGAGUUUCUCAUGAUCGGAUUGACUCGGCUAUCGCACUUGUCGAUAAAGUUGAAAAAAAUAACAAUAGAAGAAAGGGAAGAGGUGCUUCGAUUAGAAUACUAGCAGAAGUUUGUUCCCCGGAUAAUUCUCAUGUACUGACAACAGAAUCAUUACCAAUUGAGUCAUCAAAAGGAAAAGAAAAGGAAAAUAUCGUUGAAGAAGUAGAAGAAAACAAUGUUUGUCAUUUUGAUAAAUUGCCUUUGGAAGUGAAAGUAAAGAUUUUCAAGUGUUUGAAUGUGAUCGAGAAAGAAAGAUUAAAUGGACUUCUCUUGUACGCGUUAUAUGUUGAUUGUGGUUACCUGAUACAACUGUUUUAUUUGAUGUCGGUUUGUCGGUCUUGGUAUAGUUUAGCAUUUGAUGGAUCUUUAUGGUCAAAACUUAAUGUAGCGCCAUUCUAUCAGAAAAUUUCGGCCUAUCAACUCGUUGCACUAUGGAAAUCUGCUGGUGGAUUUUUAAGAGAGGUCAACUUUCGAGGAUGUGUACAAUUGAGUUCUUUAAACAUUCGUGAAUUAACGCCGUAUUGUCCCAAUAUUCAGAAACUUGAUAUAUCCGGAUGUCGUAAUAUCGAUUUCGCCGCUAUAGAUUUUCUGUUAUCACAUCUUCAUGACCUUGAAGAAUUAAAUAUUUCAUGCUUGGAUCUGAAAAGUUCACAAAAUUAUUACACUCGGACGCUUGCCAAACAAUGUAAAAAACUAAAAAAGGUUAAUAUGAGUUGGUGUCGUUGCAUGACCGCAAGGGAUGUAGAGACUCUGGUGAAGGGAUGUAAGAAAUUGACGAGCUUGAAGUUGGAUGGACUUGCAAAACUCAACGAAUCUACAUUUGUAUUGAUUGGUGAAUUACGACAUUUGCAAGUUCUCUCACUUGAUUCGUGUCCAACUGUCGAUGAUAAUCUUAUCGCGGCUCUUUUUCAAUCAGGCAGUAGUAAUGAUAAUAGUUCCACAAUAGCAGCAACAAUGACAACCACCACAUAUUCAUUAUCACCACCUCCAAUUACUCAUCUCAAUCUUUCCAAUAAUCCUCACUUGACCGAUAUUGCAUUACAAGAUAUUGCAGAUUUUUGCCCAACACUGACGCAUCUACAACUUCAUGGAUGUCCGGGUUUCACUGAUUCUGGUCUAAUCAAUCUCGCUUCAAAAUGUACAGAACUUCAGGCAAUUGAUUUAGAGGAUUGUAAUACGGCUGUUAAUGACGAUGUGUUGGAAGCAUUUGCAGCACAUCUCGUAAAAUUGCGAAGAAUUUGUCUAAGUUAUUGUGAUCAAAUUACGGACGAAGGUGUUACAAAUCUAUUACAAGUUGAAAUAUUUGAUUGUCGUAAUAUUUCAAUUUCUGCCGUUCGCGAAACUGUACAAAAAGUAUCGGCAGCCGGUGUAUUAUUGAAGUUAAAAGGAUAUUACGCAUGGCAAUCCAGUGGCAAUACACGUAAUCGUGAACAGGAAGGCAAUAACACGGAAGCAGAAGACGAUGAAAAUAGUGGGCGACAUAAUGAAGAAGCUGCAACAAAUAAUAUUCAUCAUUCAUUUUGGGCUCGAAGUAGGAUAUUUAGGCAUCUACGGAAUGUCGAUAUAAUACCAGAUAUGACAAUGAGAUUCCAAUUCCAGGCAGUUUUUAGAGGCGCCGGAUUCCGAGGCGGAAAUUUAGGUGGUCGAAGAAUGAUGGGCCAAUGUGUUAUAUUGUAA